CUCGUCGCUGAGGUGAUGACGCGCCCGCGGGUGCGGGGCGGUGCGGGAGCGCUGCGGGGAUGGAGGAGAGGGAGCGGCUGUGGCGGCAGAUCCGCCUGCUGCAGGGUCUCAUAAAUGAUCAUAAAAACACUCAUGGGGAUGCGCCGCGACCGCUGCCAUCCACACCACUGAGGUGGAACAACCCCCGCCAGCCUGCCUUCAGCAGGAGGGGGACGUUUUCGGCCAGAUACCCCCAGCAGGCUCCCAGGGAUUUCCAGCUGCGCCAGGGUCACUCCUGGAGGAAAAAAUAUUCCCUUGUCAACCGGCCGCCAGGAUCGGUGUGUGAUGUUGGAAGCAGUGGAAGUGCCAGCACAUCUCAGGCUUUUGGAAGCCAUGGGGAGAGCCAGGCACCUGAGACACCAGAAUUGUCCCCAGAGAGACAUGUGGACUUAACCACAGAUGGUAAUAUAGUUGUGGGGAUCCAGCUGCCAGAGAGGGCUGGCCCAUUUGUAGAUAUGAAAGGUUUUGGUGAUGUGGGUUCUUACUGUGAGUUUUCUGGGCUCAAAACGGUGGUCACUGCUCCAGGUGACAGUAAAAAUGUGCAGAAAUCUCUGUACACAAGCCGAAAUGAAGAGAGAAGACCCUCUCUCUCCGUUUCAUUUAGUUCAUCUCACCGGUUCGUGAGUUCAGCAUACGUGAGCGUGUCAGAUAAGCCUAGAAUGGUGCAUCUGGCCGGUGAUGUGGCCAGGAGCUCCCCUUCCUCCUGCGGAAGCACCAGUGAAAGUGCCGUGACACUGAAAUCGGAGCCACAGCAGCCUUUGGUGUUGCCAGAUCACGAGCCGGCUCGGCACUUGGUACGGAGGAAGGCAGAACCGCCAGCUCCAGGGCAGUCUAGUUGUGAGCAAGUCAGGGAUGCUUUCGGAGAGCCGAAGCUCCUUGGAAAUGGCGAGACACGCUCUAGACCUGCGCAGGCUGCGACUUUGGUGGUCGGGAUGACCAGUCCAGCGAAGAGCAGGUUUUCUGUAGUCCCCAAAGCUGCCGGUCUCCAAAGAGCUGCCUCAACAUCCACCUCCAGCAAAGCUCCGAAGUUCAGGAAAACUAACUACACGUGGGUUGCAAACCCUGGUAAAUGCUCUCGUCCUGUGAAGAGAUGGGUAAGCCCUAGAGCUUCUGAAAGCACCAAGAAGGUUGCUGGUGGAGCGGACAGAGGUGCUAAACUAUCCCCAAAAGCAGACUUGGGAGCAAAGCUGAAGAAAUCAGGAUUGCAGCCCAAACUGGGUGUUUCUCCCAGCAAGUAUAAGUGGAAAGCCUCCAGCCUGCAGACCUUGCCUUCCACCUCCAAGUCAGCAUUCAGGUGGCAAUCCGAGGAUCAGAAAAAGCCUCCAGCCCCCAACCUCCCUCGAGCCAACACCGCCCCACCGACUCUGAGUGCUGUGUCCAUUGGUCUCAGCGGGGCGAAGUCCUCAUUUGUCGAUGCCGCGCAGUCCAGUUAUAAAGUGAAGAGUCGGACAAAAAUCAUCAAGAGAAAAGGAAGCUCGGGUUCCCUGACAGAUAAGAAGAACAGCUCCUCGCCCACCAUGCCUCUGAAAAGCCACUUCCAUCUCAGGAAGAAAAACUCCUCGCGGGGGAAACCUUCUGCGACGCUGAAACGCUCCUCGUCUAAGGGCCUAGUGCAGAUCACCAAGCACAGGCUCUGCAGGCUGCCGGCCACCAGGAUGCAGGUCUCCACCAAGGAAGUGGAGAGGAAUUGUACUCCGGUAGAUGAGCCAUUAUUUGGACUGGAAAAUGGACUGGCAAGUGGCAUUGGGAUCUGUUCACUUGACGCUCUGGAAGGACUCCUCAGGCUGCCUUUCUCCUCCCCAGGGAGGAGGGUACAAGGAGCCAACUUGCACUUCAUAAGGAGCCCCCCAGCCAACAAGGUGAUAAAGACACGCUACAGGAUAGUGAAGAAGAAUGUGGUGUCUCCAGCCUCAUCGUCCUUCAGCAGCCCAGUUCCCAACUGGAAGACGAGACGCCCCGUGACAUCCAGAUCCCAGCUAUUAAACCAAACGCGCCCAUCGCCUCAAGGUGGCAAGUCCCAGCACGUGCAACAGAGAUGGAGGAGUAAAGGCUAUCGCUGCAUCGGCGGGGUGAUGUACCGAGUGUCUGCAAAUAAACUCUCCAAGACUUCCAACACCCCUGGCCGGGGCAGAGACCUGAGCACCAAGAGCCCCGGCAGAGCAGCGAGGUUGCAUUGUACGCCCAGUCCUGGCUUCUCUCCAUCCGGCUGCCUGAACAGAUCAGCUACGAGCCGAUACAUCGCCAGCCGUGCUGUUCAGCGGAGUUUGGCCAUCAUUCGUCAAGCCAAGCAGAAGAAAAAGAAGAAGGAAUACUGUAUGUACUACAACCGCUUCGGCAAGUGUAAUCGUGGGGACAGCUGCCCCUACAUCCAUGAUCCAGAAAAGGUGGCCGUCUGUACCAGGUUUCUCCGUGGCACGUGCAAGAAGACAGAUGGGACCUGUUCGUUUUCCCACAAGGUGUCCAAAGACAAGAUGCCGGUGUGCUCCUACUUCUUGAAGGGGAUCUGCAGCAACAGUAACUGCCCGUACAGCCACGUCUACGUGUCCAGGAAGGCAGAAGUGUGCCAGGAUUUCCUCAAAGGCUAUUGCCCCAUGGGAGAAAAGUGCAAGAAGAAGCACACGCUGGUUUGCCCUGACUUUGCCAAAAAAGGUGUCUGCCCCAGGGGCGCGCGGUGCAAGCUGCUGCACCCCCAGAAGAAGCGUCACCCAAGAGAGGCAGAAGAUGGGGACCGCAACGAACCCCCUUCCAAGUGGAGACGGGUCUGGGAGGUGACGGGCAGGAAUGAUCCAGCUCAGCUCCAUGAUGAUGGGGAAAUACCCGGACCCUCCAGUGCAGAGCAAGAGGUGAAGUUUUGGAAAGAGACGGACGCUUCACCAACCAGCUGGCUGCAAAAGCUGCCGUCCUUCAUCUCCCUCCAGUCCUCAGCAUCCCCCGGUGAUGAGGGCUGCAAAGUGGAGAAGGACGAGGACGAGCCGGAGGAUGAGCCAGGCACUGCCAAACGGAAGAGGACUAUGCCACUGGCAUCCUUGCGGGACUCUGAAAAUGCCCGUCUUGAGGAGGGUGGCAGAGGCAAACGGCUGCAGAUCAAGCCCCGUCUAUGAGCAAGACCUGACCCCGCGGCAGCCGACCAGCUCAGGAACCGCAGAGCCGGGCACGACCUGGCACCUACCUCAGGACGCCGCGGCCAGAAGCGGCACCCCCUUCCCAUCUUGCUUUUCCGGGACAUCAUUUUGGCAAGGAGCCGGGUGGCAGCGUGGGGAAGUGCCACCCGUUCCUGCAGGGAAGCAGCUUUGUUUGACGUAUUUUAAUUUGCCAAUAAAUUAUCUUUUCAGCCUGUUUAUUGAAGGCAAGCCCUGCCGCCAGGCUCCUUGGAUGCUUGCAGGGCUGGGAAGAGGCUCCCAUCCCCAUCGGUCUUCCUGCAGGUCGCGGCUCUGCUGUUGUCCCGGACACGAGGUGACACGGGGACCUGAGGAGCUUAAUGCCAUCACCAGACGUGCCCACAUCCAGGUCAGCCACUAUAUUGGGGACAAGUGUGGCCAGUGGUCACAAGUCACCGUGCCGGGUUGUAAUGGGGUGUAAAGCCCCCACGCGGCUCAGCCCCGGUCUCUCCAUGCCCAGAGGCCACCUGCAUCCAUCCGGCUCCAUCCCCUUGGUUUUGGGAGGAGAUUUCUUGGAGCAGAGCCGUGUGCCAAGAGCAUCCCUAGUGGAAACGUGUGUUGGGAGCAGUGCUGAGCUCACACCAAAUGCUCCUGCAGCAUGUCGGGGUCUCCCAUGGCCGGUUGCACCCUGAUCCCCAGCUCUCCUCACCUCAGUGGGGGUUUGGUCUCCCUUGGGAAACCCAAACCAGUUCUUUGGGGUUUUUGGGGGGGUUCUUCCAAAUCCAAGAAGGAGCAAAGUACGGAGGGAGCAUUGUGCCGAGCCGAGUACUGCCGGCCAUGCAGCUGCCAGCGCGACGGGUUUUUGCAUCCGUGGGUACAAUUUCCACGGGGAUUUCAGGGCUGUUCCCCCCCACGGAUGCCAUUUUGGGGGCAGCUGCAGGAUCUCCCCUUGCCAAGAGGUGCCGACAGCCGGGAGCAUCCGUGCGGGGCGGCCGGGUUUGCCCAUCCACUGCCCCUCAAUUGCAGCACCUUCAGGCAAAACCCUGCGGGAAAAAGGCAUCAGCGGGGACAUGGGUGAGCACUGGGACCCCCUGGGGACCCAGCACCCAGGUGCGCUUUGCGGUGGGGUGGGCGAUGGAGCCACCACGAUGCCGUGGGCUCAGGUGCGCCGGCGGCUCCGGCAAAGGGCUGACGGCUGCGGUUUCGCCCCCCCGCACCUGGGCAGCGUGGGUCCCCACGGGGGUUUCCCUUCCCCAGGUGACCCCCAUGGAGGGGUCUUGUUAUCACCCCACAUCUGGGAUGCACCCCCUUGCCCAGUUCGUGGUGGGGGAUUUAUCGCCUGGUUUGGGGCAUGGUGUGCCACCAAAAGCAUUAAUGCCUGUCACCUCCCUGGGCUCCGGUUUAAGGAUGCUGCCCGCUGCUGAACUGGCAGCUGGUGGGGGGGUUAGUGCCACUUGGAAACCAGUUUGGGGUGGCCGCGUCCCCAGCAUCCCCCCAGCCAUUGCGAGGACCAGCGGGUCUCCCCCCUCGGGGCUGCCCUCAUACCCCAGCGUGUGUACAGCGAGCUGAUUUUUUAAUAAAAACUUUGUCGUCUCCGUUGAUAUUAAAUGUCUUUUAUUAACCUGUGUGUUUUGAUAUGUAAAUAAAGAGUUUCUUCCCCGGG